AUGGGUCUUGCAAGCCUCAACCAUGCUGUGGUAGAGAGGUUUGACUUUGCAGAGCCUGUCAAACCGUGCGGUGCCUCUCCUCCUGUCAUUCUCCUCAUCAUCUUCUGGGUCACUGAUGUGAAGCUCCCAUGGCCGGGCGGGGACCAGUUUGGGGACCUGAAACGACAUGAGAGAAUACACACAGGGGAGAAGCCUUACCACUGCUCCCAGUGUGGAAAGGGUUGUUACCUCUUAUGGGAGCUUAAACAACACGAGAGAAUACACAAUGGGGAGAAGGCUUACCAUUGCUCCCAGUGUGGAAAGAGUUUUAACCAGAAAAGCUACCUGAAAAAACAUGAGAGAAUACACACAGGGGAGAAGCCUUUUCACUGCUCCCAGUGUGGAAAGUGUUUUUACCAGUUAGGGGACCUAAAGCGACAUGAGAGAAUACACACAGGGGAAAAGCCUUAUCACUGCUCCCAGUGUGGAAAGUGUUUUAACCAGAUUUGUUGGCUGAAAGAUCAUGAGCGAAUACACACAGGGGAGAAACCUUACCACUGCUCCCAGUGUGGAAAGAGUUUUAACCAGUUAGGAAACAUGAAAAGACAUGGGAGGAUACACACAGGAGAGAAGCCACACCAUUGUUUCCACUGUGAAAAGAGUUUUACGGAGUUAGGAAAGCUGAAAGCUCAUGAGCGACUACACACAGGGGAGAAGCCCUUCCACUGCUCCCAGUGUGGAAAGCAUUUUAACCAAUUAGGAAACCUAAAAUCUCAUUUGCGUAUACAUACAGGGGAGAAGCCUUACCCCUGCUCCCAUUGUGGAAAUAGUUUUAACCAGUUAGGAAACAUGAAAUUCCACGAGCGAAUACACACAGGGGGGAAGCCUUUCUAUUGCUCCCACUGUGAAAAGAGUUUCACGGAGUUAGGAAAGCUGAAAGCUCAUGAGCGAAUACACACAGGGGAGAAGCCUUACCACUGCUCCCAGUGUGGAAGUACGUUUGCCUUAUUAGGAUCCCUGAAAAGACAUAAGAGGGUACACACAGGUGAGAAGCCAUACCAUUGCGCCCAGUGUUUAACCAGUUAG